UUAUUCACUUUAUUCAGUCACUGAAACAAAGAGAGUUUGUUUAUCGUGUUAAAACAAAAUCAUAAAUUAAUCAUACAUUUAUUUUCCCAAAACAACAUAGUGCACCUUUAAACGUCUUGCAGCCUCAGUAACCAACAGGACUUAAUGCAGAUUGUACACUAAACACAGUACGUUUAUUUUAUUUUUCUUGUUUAAGUCUAACAGCUUUAAGGUGCAUACAUUAACUCCAUCUUCUCUCCCUGUGGGAUGAGAUAAUAUUGACAUUAUUGAUCCCCUGCUCAAGAAAAGGUAUUAAAAUAAAUAAACACCGAGUACAAACUAAACAAGAAAUGAACAUAUGGUGUGUGUGGAGGUGCUGAGAAAGAAAAACUCAGGUGUGUGUGUUUGUGCGCGCGUGUGUGCGUGGGGGGGUCUCUCCCUGUGAGUUUCUGUCCAAGGUGUUGGGGGGGGGAUGUCACGUGACUGCGCUUCCUCCCUCUGUGAGAGCAGGAUGCUGUGUGUGCGCGUGUGUAGGCUGUGCACGGGGUCACCUCAGUCCUCAUCAUGAGCGGCUCGAGCUCAUGAGGAACAGGAGGCUUCUCUGAGACGGCGGCAGGUUCGCUGCUGCACGCUCCGCAGCCCGGGAUCUGUGCGGCUGAAUGCGUAACUUUCACUCUUUACGCGCAUCCUCCUCUUCCUCUUCUUCUUCUUCUUCGUCCUCUUCUUCUUCUUCUUCUUUCCCUACGACAUUAGUGUGGCAACUGUGGAUGGGCACUCGGGAGUGGGCUGCUGCCCACCAAGUCUCACUGUGUUCCGGAGGCGCUGAGGAGAAGAACAUGUAAAGAAUCCCGCAGGCUGAUCCCCGCAGAUUCCUCUCCGCCUCGCCGCCAACAUGCAGAAAGGGAUGCGACUCAAUGACGGCCACAUCACCUAUCUGGCUCUUCUGGCGAAGAAGGACGGGACGAGGCGAGGCUGCCUGAGCAAGAAGAGCUCGGACAACACAAAAUGGCAUUCAAAGUGGUUCGCUUUGUUGCAGAACAUGCUGUUUUAUUUCGAGAACGACUCCAGCUCACGCCCCUCCGGACUGUACCUGUUGGAGGGAUGCGUCUGUGACAGGGCGCCGUCACCGAAACCGUCUCUGUCAGCGAAGGAAUGCUUAGAGAAGCAGUAUUACUUCACCGUCACGUUCAAUCAUGACAACCAGAAGGCUCUGGAGCUGCGCACAGAGGACGUCAAGGACUGUGACGAGUGGGUGGCUGCCAUCACACAGGCCAGUUACAGGAACCUGGCUACAGAGCAUGAGACCCUCAUGCAGAAGUAUCUCCAUCUACUCCAAAUAGUGGAGACGGAGAAAACGGUUGCCAAGCAACUUCGACAACAGAUAGAGGAUGGGGAAAUCGAGAUAGAGCGGCUAAAAUCAGAGAUCGCUGGGCUGCUCAAGGACAAUGAGAAGAUCCAGUCAAAUCCAGAGGUACCUCCCAGUGAAGAUGACACGGAGAUCAAGAAGAUCAAGAAGGUCCAGAGUUUCCUGCGAGGCUGGAUUUGCCGCAGAAAGUGGAAAACCAUCAUCCAGGACUACAUCCGUUCCCCUCACGCCGAAAGCAUGCGGAAGAGGAACCAGGUGGUGUUCAGCAUGCUGGAGGCCGAGGCCGAGUACGUCCAGCAGCUCCACAUCCUGGUCAACAACUUCCUGCGGCCGCUCCGCAUGGCCGCCAGCUCCAAGAAGCCGCCCAUCACCCACGACGAUGUCAGCAGCAUCUUUCUUAACAGUGAGACCAUCAUGUUCCUCCAUCAGAUCUUCUACCAGGGACUCAAGGCCAGGAUAGCCAGUUGGCCGACACUGGUGCUGGCUGACCUGUUCGACAUCUUGCUGCCAAUGCUGAACAUCUACCAGGAGUUUGUGAGGAACCACCAGUACAGCCUGCAGAUCCUGGCUCACUGCAAACAGAACCGAGACUUCGACAAGCUGCUCAAGCAGUAUGAGGCCAAGCCCGACUGUGAGGAGAGGACGCUGGAGACAUUUCUCACCUACCCGAUGUUUCAGAUUCCUCGUUACAUCCUGACGCUGCAUGAGUUGCUGGCUCACACCCCGCAUGAGCAUGUGGAGAGAAACAGUUUGGACUACGCCAAGUCAAAACUGGAGGAACUCUCCAGAAUCAUGCACGACGAGGUGAGUGAGACUGAGAACAUCAGGAAGAACUUGGCUAUCGAGCGGAUGAUCGUGGAGGGUUGUGAAGUGCUGCUGGACACCAGUCAGACGUUCGUCAGGCAAGGCUCCCUGAUCCAGGUGCCUAUGAGCGAGAAAGGGAAGAUCACGAGAGGUCGACUGGGCUCUCUGUCUCUGAAGAAAGAAGGAGAGAGACAGUGCUUCCUCUUCUCCAAACAUCUCAUCAUCUGUACCCGCGGCUCCGGGGGAAAACUUCACAUCACUAAGAACGGAGUGGUCUCUCUCAUAGACAGCACACUGAUGGAGGAGCCAGAGGGGACAGAUGACGAGUCCAAAGGGGAGCGGAGCGGCCAGGACACGGAGCACCUGGACUUCAAAGUGAUGGUGGAGCCCAAAGAUGUCCAGCCUUACACGGUCAUCCUGGUGGCUUCAUCCCGUCAGGAGAAAUCGGCGUGGACAAGCGACAUCAGCCAGUGCAUUGACAACAUCCGCUGCAAUGGUCUGAUGAUGAACGCCUUCGAGGAAAACAGUAAAGUCUCUGUGCCACAGAUGAUCAAGUCGGACACCAGCUUGUACUGCGACGAUGUCGACAUCCGCUUCAGCAAGAUGAUGAACUCCUGCAAGGUGCUGCAGAUCCGCUACGCCAGCGUGGAGCGCUUGCUGGAGAGGCUGACCGACUUGCGCUUCCUCUCCAUCGACUUCCUGAACACCUUCCUCCACUCAUACCGCGUCUUCACCAGUGCAGACGUCGUUCUGGACAAGCUCAUCACCAUCUACAAGAAGCCCAUCAGUGCCAUCCCUGCUCGGAUGCAGCAACAGCGCUGUAAUGGUGCAGUGAAAAGUUCUUUGGAGCUCUUCUUCGCCAGCGGCCAGAACAACAAACUCCUCUACGGCGAGCCACCCACGUCACCGCGUGCCAGCCGCAAGUUCUCCUCCCCUCCUCCCCUCUCCAUCACCAAGACGUCCUCGCCCAACCGCCGUCGCAAGCUCUCGCUCAACAUCCCCAUCAUCACGGGGGGCAAAGCCCUGGACCUGGCUGCGCUCAGCUGUUCUCCCAAUGGCUAUGCAAGCAUGCACUCCACCAUGUCACCCUUCAGUAAGACUACCCUCGACAUCAACAAGCUCUAUGUGUCCAGCACCAUGGCCAGCAAAAUCUCAGACGAUGGAGAGGCCAAAUCUGAAGGCAAGACUGAGGAGUCUGCCCCCAACAAGCAAGAUCUGUCGGUGAGAGAGGAAGGCGAUGAGGACCCAGCUCAGAGUGACGAAACAGAAGCAGAAAUGUCUCCUCCCAAGUCACCAUCAACACCCAAGAACGUCAAGUCCAAAAACUCUGAGUUUUCCCUGUUCUCCUUCAACAAUGGCAUGGUGGUGUCAUCUUGCCGGGAGCUGGACAAUAACCGCAGUGCCCUUUCUGCCGCCUCAGCCUUCGCCAUCGCCACCGCCGGUGCCAAUGAAGGCACUCCGACCAAGGAGAAGUAUCGCCGUAUGUCGCUCGCCAGCACAGGUUUUCCAACAGACCAGCGGAACGGAGACAAAGAAUUUGUCAUCCGAAGAGCCGCAACCAACAGAGUCCUGAAUGUGCUGCGUCACUGGGUCUCCAAACACUCGCAGGACUUUGAGCUGAACACAGAGCUGAAGAUGCGAGUAAUUGGCUUCCUGGAGGAGGUGAUGCAUGACCCAGAGCUCCUGACACAGGAAAGAAAGGCAGCUGCAAAUAUUAUCAGGACUCUCACCCAGGAGGACCCUGGAGACAACCAGGUCACCCUGGAAGAGAUCAUACAGACGGCCAUGGAGGACUGUAAGACUGAGCCGUUCGAGAGCCACUCUGCCCUGGAGAUAGCCGAGCAACUCACGCUGCUGGACCACCUGGUCUUCAAGGUCAUCCCAUACGAGGAGUUCUUUGGUCAAGGCUGGAUGAAGAACGACAAGAACGAGAGAACUCCGUACAUCAUGAAGACAACCAAGCAUUUCAACGAUAUCAGCAACAGAAUCGCCACGGAGAUCCUGCACUGGGACGACGUCAACAUGCGGGUAGCGGUGAUCGAGAAGUGGGUGGCGGUGGCCGACAUCUGCCGCUGCCUCCACAACUACAACGCCAUGCUGGAGAUCACGUCCUCUCUCAACCGCAGCUCCAUCUUCCGCCUCAAGAAGACCUGGCUCAAAGUCUCCAAGCAGACCAAGACUGUGAUCGACAAGUUACAGAAGCUGGUGUCAUCAGAGGGACGAUUCAAAAACCUGAGAGAAGCUCUGAAGAACUGUGACCCUCCCUGUGUUCCCUACCUGGGAAUGUACCUGACUGACCUGGCCUUCAUCGAGGAGGGGACACCCAACUACACCGAGGACAACCUGGUCAACUUCUCCAAGAUGAGAAUGAUAUCUCACAUUAUCAGAGAGAUACGUCAGUUUCAGCAAACAGCUUACAAGAUUGAUUAUCAACCAAAGGUUGCGAAGUACUUGCUGGACUGCAGUUCGGCGCUGGAUGAGGAGAGCCUGUAUGAAGCCUCUCUGAGAAUCGAGCCCAAAAUGUCAUCAUGAAGAGGAUCUCUCUCUCUCUCAACCCUCACAUGGAGUGUACAGGAACAAUAUAUCAUAAUGUACAUACACUAUUAUUUGUAUUAGACACAGUAGGCUGUGCCCUUCUAGUUUGUGCUCCCCAAUGGACUUGUUGUGUAUAAUUGUUAUUAGAGACUGAGUAGAAGCCCAGAGAGGUUUAAUUUAUAUAGUUACAGAGUAUUUAUAUGUUAUCUAUCGUCUUAAACAACAUUUUACGACAAAGUUAUUUUCAACCACAGAAUAAACAGAUGAGAGAGUAUACAGGCGUGAGGUUUUAGUCGUAUCCUGAUGGGCAUGUGCAGUAUGAAGAAGACUCGUUCAUGAGCGACGGUGGUCACAUUGGACACCUGAUGAUCAACUCCCACUUUUCACACAAGCCCCCGUACGAACAUCCUGCCUGAUUAGCACGUCAGCCUGUUUGUCCUCAAGUGUAGCGUCUUAAAAGUGAAUACAAAUAUUUGCUAAUCCGCUAGCUGCAUGAAUUAAAAGCUGCAGGAGCAGCAGUGGGGGUGAAUGUCGGACACUGAGUCGCUGAGCGUCCAUACAGUGAAGGGUUACUGCAGAAAAAUGUAUUCAGUAAUAGGAUCAAAAAUUGAGUUUGACUUCAUGAAAAUCUUAAGGAUUUAAACUUUAAAGGUAUACUAUGCAGGAUUUGCAAACUUAAAAGGACUGUAAUUGAUGAUCUGGCAAUGAGACUUAACAAUCCACCUGAACAGUAAGAAAAGAAAGAUGGAGGGUAGGAGCCCUGCAGAUACAGACACCACCACACACUUCCAGCAGGGGUGUAAAUCGCAAGUUUCAUCACGAUACGAUGUUAUAUCGACUCUUUGGACAACGAUAUCAUACUUGCGGAUGUCACAAAGUCUGCCAUGAUAUCAUUUCGAUACAGGGGCCAACUAUCGAUAGGAGACGAUAUAAUUUGCACAUUUAACACAAACAGUUACGUUUAUAUCAACUCUGAUUUCAAAAUAUUGUCAGGCUGCUGACUUUUUACCAACGCAGGUGUAAAUAAUUUCCUCAUCCAAGCACUGUUUAGAAAGCAGAUGUGUCAUGGGAAUUUCAAAAUAAAGGUGAAGCUUUACAUUGGCAGCCAUACAAAUCGGUGUUUGUCACUUUGCAACCAUACUACUGGAUUGUUAAUCCCUGAAUCAAUAUAUCGAUCCAGAUCGAUGUACUGUUACACCUCUAACUUCUAGUGGGUCAUCAAUGAUGAUUGUGAGAGAUUAACUUUGUUUGGGUCUCAACUUUUUUCUUCUUUUUAUUUUUUAAAAAUCCUGCAUAGUAUACCUUUAAGAUUUGAACAUUUAGACCAAUUUUUAUUCAAUUUUAGAUAUACAGGAGGUGAAAAGUGGGACUGCUGUUGUGGCAAAAGUUGAAUCAUGUGCUCUGAUGUUUUAUGUAGCCACUUGCUGACAAGGAUGGAGGCGAACUGAUGAAAGACUACCUGCUGAUUUCUGACUGAGCUGGGAUUCAUGUUUUCAGUUCGGAGAAAUGGGUUUCUACGCUUAUCAUCACCUUACUCCCCCUGGUGGGCGACAUGAUGUAUAUACAGUUAUCAGCACCGGGCAGUGUAUGUAGCAGAUGUAACCAAUAUUGAGCCACUUCAGGAAGAUUAAAUUCCCAGCUUCUACACUCAGACACUAAGAGCAUAGUUUUUACGGUUAAUCCUCUUUGGCCAGUGCAUUAUGGGUUUGCCUUAACCAUGAAAUGGAUUAUAUACCACAAAAGUAUGUAAACUAUUUUGUUCUACAAUUUGCCAAUGAAGCAGAAAACUAUUUGCUGUGUACAGUACCGUGUACAGGCAGUCUGAUGCAUUUCCUAACGUGCAAUGUGUUUAAAAAACAAAAAACAAAAACAUAUCCCUCGAAAUGUGUUAUCCUUAUGAUCGUUCAACUCUGUAAUAACUUUUUGCUGUGUAUGAUACUUUAAAAAAAAACAAACGUUGAAAGCAACUUAUAAGUGUAACACAUUCUGUAUCCUGUCUACUCACGGCGUGUUAGCAGGAACUAUACAGUAGUAAUAUCGUGCUGGUUCUUGGAAUAUUUAUAGGUAUUUUUUACAGGCUUUGUAUAGAAAAAAAAAAACAACAACAACAACCUAAAGCUUAAGUGGCAGGCAUGUACCACUUCCACGUGUUCAAAUCAAACCUAUAUCUAGAAACAGUAUGUGUACUGUAUUUAAACCCCACCCUUGCACAUGGAUCUUUACCCCUUCUUACAGGCACAUCAGAUGUUUGCAGUGAGCAAUACCCAGUGGUAUGAGAACUAUCUUUCAGUCUAUUUCAACUUUCAGCUUGAGUAGUAUUUCCAGUUUUGUAUAAAAGUGUAUUCUUUCCUGAUUACCUCUUGUUAAUAAAUCUAUUCUUUCUCAGGGGGA